AUGUUCCCUUCGGCCAUUGACGGCGAUCUUCUUGAACUCGUCCAUCUGUCGUACGGCUUACGUCUUGUUGAUGACGCUAAGCAUCUUCAGGCGGGUGAUGUUUUCAAGAUUGAGACACACAUUGUCUCCGUUAUCAACAGCAAUGCCGGCAAGACUGUGCGAGUUAAAUGCUUCGCUAUCAGAGGCAGAAAGCCCGUAAUCGAGGUUGUGUCUACUUUCCUCUACCAUAGUAACUACUCCGAAUACGACAACACAUUCGAAUUUUUCGAUACUCUGGAUUACUCCAUAGAGCUGGCGACCGAAGCUGACGUAUUGCAGUCGGUUUUUUGGAUGGCACCUCCGUCUUUCCAUGUUUCUAUGCAGUAG